UUUGACCACUGUUUCCCUUUACUUACGCAAGUUAGUCUGUGGAUUUUUCCUAAACUUUCAUGGUGCAGCAGCUGAGCAAUCAGCGUUUUACAGCAUUUAUAAGCGAGCAGCCUCUCCUGUGUUUACACUGUGGAAGCUGCGGACAGGACCUCACUCAUCCAAAGCGGAAGACUGCGCGUUACUUUGUUGAUGUUUUCGUGAGUUUCGGUUUAAGUUUACCUGAUCACUGGGAAGCUGCAGGAGCAGCAGCGUUUACACUCCACACUUUUUUCAUCGCUACUGUACUGUAGGUGCCCUCAGUGUGCAACUGGCCUGCCCUGACUUUACAUCAGGGUUUGCUCUUUGUGCCAGAGGACGUACACUCAUAAAGAAGCUGCACAGCCAGCUACACCGGCCCCCUUCACUCUCUCCCCCUGCGCUAUGAGCAGAGGUAGAGGAGGGCCUCCCAAAGAACGGUACCACAGACAUCCACCACCCUACCACCAGGCCAAGGAGAAUUACAACAGACCUGGCCCUGCCUCUCUCUACCCCAGAGCUGGCCUACAGCAAAUCCCAUAUUCAGGUUACUACAACAGCCCCACCCCUCCUGUAGUGUCCAUACAGCCCCCACCUCCGUCUCUCAUCCCCUCCGCUCCACCCAUACCAAGCCACAAUAAAGCAGCCCCUAAACCUGCAGCCGUUAACCAUUUACAGAAUCAGAAUCACAGCCCCAGUCCUGGUCCUGGUCCCAAUUCUUUUCAGUACCAACAGGUGGAGUUCCUGAGAGGACACAGCUCUGAGGCACCGCAGUUCAGAGCCAGUCCACGAGGAGGGGGAGGGGGAGGGGGAGGGGGAGCGGUACCCGGCAGGCCACCCAGUUCCCCAUAUCAGUCCCAGUCAGGGUACAGUAGAUAUUCAAACCCCAACAACAGCCCUAGGGGUAGAGGCGGGUAUAGCCAGGACCAGAGUUUUGCGUACCCACCUACCGCAGGACCUCUGCGAGGCCCUCAAGGCUCUCGACACCCAAAUCAAAACCAGUUACAAGGCAAAAGCCACAACCAGUACUCCAGCAGACAAUGGUGCGUCCAAACAGACUCUUUGUGUGACGGUUUUCAGAGCUUGUCUCUUCAUAGAGACAGGUUUGGAGGAGAAAGGUUUGACAGACAUUCUUCAUCCAGCAGCUCGUCAAUUUCAAGCUUUAGUAAGAGUAACAUCACUCUCACUCCUGACAUCCAGGAACAGGUACACAGGGCUUUGGCUGCUCUUAGGCCAAGUGAGAGUAUUUCUGCAAAAUUGUUAGCCAAAAAGCUGCGUCUGCCCAAAAAGAUAGUGAACAAGGCCCUCUACUCUUUAGAACGCUCACAGCAAGCCUCCAAGGAGGGACUCACUCCUCCCGAGUGGACUGUUUACAGACAACCUCUCAGAUGCAAAGAAGAUCAAAACUCUGAAGUGCAAAGUCCACCAACUCAUCUCUGUGUCAGCUUAGAGCACCUUCAAAAACCUGAAGCCAAGGUUGAGCUAAAAACAGCAACGAACAGGGGACAGGCCAAAGAAGAGGACUCUGACACAGAAUCCAGCUCUUCUUACUGCUCUUCUUCAGAGUCAUUUGAUUCCGAAGGAUCCCAGUCACCAGCAAAAGGUCAGCACGAAGAGAAACGACAUCCCGGCGCUACCAGCUCUCCUGAUCAGGAACUUCAGCUUCCCACAAUGACAGAGCAGAAGGAUCUAGUUCUGCGGUACCUCCUCGAUGCAGGGGAGGCAACUGCUCUCGUCAUAGCCAAAAACCUGGGUCUCAGGACCACAAAACAGGUCAAUCCCACCCUCUAUGCUCUGGAGAAGCAAGGUGAGGUCAUUAAGAAUGGUGAGGUCAACCCUCCCACCUGGGAGCUCUCCACCCGCCGGAGAGAGAGGAUGGAGAGGAACCUCAAAGCCGCGCAGAGCACCCCAGCCGAGGAUGUCAAGAUGGAGGAGGAAGUCAGUCGAGAGGAGGUGGGAGGUGCGUCCAUCGUUCUUCCAUCACCGCCGCUACCACCAAUAGCAGGCCUCGAGCCACUACAGCUUCCAGAGGGCUGGACGCCAGAGCAAAGUCACAGUGAAGCAUCCCAUUCCUCCCUCCACCCUCCCCCCUUUACCUCAUGUCCAGACAAAGAGACCAACGAAGGACAGUGGGCCACCGAUGAUAUCCCAGAAUUCCUCAACGCCAUUCGCAGAGAGACAGACGCUGAAAAACUGGCAGCAGAAAAGGCCAAUGCCAUGGGAACUGUAGCCGUGUCUCUGGCAGCCCCGCCUCCACAGAACCUGUGGGCCAAAUUACAGGAGGUGAGGCUGAAGAACCCCGUCAGCGGCCUCAUGGAGUAUGCCCAGUAUCUGGGCCAGAACUGCGAGUUCCUGCUGCUUGACCAAUCAGGACCCUCCCACGACCCAAGAUUCCGUAUGCAGGUGAUGCUCAAUGGGAGGCUGUUUCCUGUCGCAGAAGCUUCCAGUAAGAAGGUUGCAAAAAAGGACGCUGCUGCGGCCACCCUGCGCAUUCUCAUUGGAGAGAUGCAGGGAGGGGCGAGCACAGGGGACGAUGGAAAUACUGCCAGUACGGACCAAGUCAUGGAUAUACUCCCAGACACCAGUGGGGCAGUUGAAAGCACAGGGGGAAUUUUUGGGUCCGGUAGCACAGAAGGAAUGGGGAUGAUGGAGGGACCUCGCCAGCCACUGUCCCGCUCUCUGCCUGGUGGGAAAAAUCCGGUGUCUGUCCUGAUGGAGUACAGCCAGCGCAGCGGGAAUCCCAUCGAAUUCAUCAUCACCGGGCAGGCUGGCCCACCACAUGACCCACGGUUCAUGUACAGGGUGAAGGUCGGAGAGAGCUUGUUCGCCGAGGCCUCAGCUCCGAGCAAGAAGGCAGCUCGCCAGCUGGCAGCAGAGGAAGCCGUCAAAGAAUUAAUGGCUGACGGGAGAUUGCAGCUCAACAAGCCUCAGUUGCCCCUAGGCUCUCCCAGUGAUAAUGAUGGCGGUGGCUCUGGGACGACAUGUCCCUCUUUGCCCCCUUUGACUGCAAAUGAGUUGCGAGCAGCACACGAGGCAGGGGUCGGGGACCUCAUCAACCACCUGAACAACAACGCAGUGUCAGGUCUUCUGGAGUACGCCAGAGCCCGGGGCUUCGCAGCUGAGAUCCGCCUGGUGGGCCAGUCUGGGCCACCACACGAACCUAAGUUCACCUACCAGGCUAAGCUGGGCGGACGGUGGUUCCCUCCAGUCUGCGCGUCCAACAAGAAACAAGGAAAACAGGAAGCAGCAGAUGCUGCUCUACGGGUUCUGAUUGGAGAAGCUGAGAGGGCAGCCCGCACAGGAGAGCUUAUCCCAGCUGAGCUACCAGUGAGUGGCAGCACUUUGCACGACCAGAUAGCAAUGUUGAGUCACCAGCGUUUCAAUGCCCUGACUACACGUAUCCAGCACAGCCUUCUGGGACGCAAGAUUCUGGCCACCAUCGUCAUGAGGAGAGGAGAGGGCCUGGGGACUGUUGUCAGCCUGGGAACUGGAAAUCGCUGUGUUAAAGGGGAGGAGCUGAGCCUUAAAGGGGAGACUGUUAAUGAUUGCCACGCUGAAAUCAUCUCCAGAAGGGGAUUUGUUCGGUUUCUGUACAGUGAGCUCCUCAAGCAUUGUGAUGGCGCAGACGACAGUAUAUUUGAGCCAGCAGAAAACAACAAACUCCAGAUCAAAUCUGACAUCACCUUUCACCUCUACAUCAGCACGGCACCUUGUGGGGAUGGGGCUCUGUUUGAUAAGUCCUGCAGUGAGUCCGGGGAUGAAGUUGAGGGCCACCAGCCUCUGUUUGAGAAUGCCAAACAGGGCAAGCUUCGCACCAAAGUGGAGAAUGGUGAGGGCACCAUCCCAGUGGAAUCAAGUGCAAUUGUUCCCACGUGGGAUGGCAUCCAGCACGGAGAGAGGCUGCGAACCAUGAGCUGCAGUGAUAAGAUCCUGCGCUGGAACGUACUGGGCCUGCAGGGGGCGUUGCUCACCCAUUUCCUGCAUCCUAUCUACCUAAAGUCCAUCACACUUGGCUACCUGUACAGCCACGGUCACCUGACACGCGCCGUUUGCUGUCGGCUGGCCAGAGAUGGUGAAACGUUCGGCCAGAGUCUUCCUCCUCCCUUCAUACUGAACCACCCAGAGGUGGGCAGGGUUAGUGUGUAUGACUCUACACGUCACACGGGCAAGACCAAGGAGUCCAGUGUGAACUGGAGCUUUCCAGACCAGCACAGUGUAGAGGUGCUGGACGGGACCAAAGGCAAACUGGAUGGGAACAAACUGGGCGUGUCCCGUGUGUCCAAGUCCAACUUGUUCUGCCUGUUCCGCUCUCUGUGCCAGCGGUGCGGCCGCACAGACCUCCUCACCCUGCCCUCAUACGCCCAAGCCAAGAUGUCGGCCACGUCCUUCCAGCUCGCCAAGCAGCAGUUCUUCCGAGCUCUCAGCAUCCACGGUUACGGUGCCUGGAUCGGCAAACCGCUGGAGGAGAAGAGCUUUGAGGCGGGCGAGGGAGGCAGGAACAACGGAGCAAGUGUCCCUCUGGGAUAUGGCAGCAGUAGAAACGGAGGAGCGAUGGAGAUCAAGCAGGAGGAGGCAUAGAACGAUGCAGGGUCAUCUGUAGCUGGCCUUGCUAAGGAGCCCUGGAAAGUCUCUACUGUCCUGCCUGCAGCCUGCCUGCAUUUUUAGAAAACAUCUCAAUAUACAAAAGGUUUUCAGGAUCUCUUGCACAGCCAGUUGUUGAGGACCGCUGGGUGAGGACAGUUUUGUUGGAGAGUGUGUAGUUUGAUCUUGAUUUGGUUAUAUGUAGAUGAAUGAUGCAAUGUAUACAUCAGGUGUAUACAAAUACAUGAACACACAGACAUACAGUGGGGUCCAAAAGCCUGAAUCCAGUUCCAGAAACUAAUUUAUCAAGAACUAUCACAGAUGUUUAAUCAGAUAAUUUAUUUGUCAAAAUAGUGCAUAAUAUUGGUUGGUUGUUUGUUUUUGAGAACCCACAGUAUCUGAGCACUCUGUAAGGGCAUGUCAGAGAUGUGCUGUAAUAGCUUUUGAGGUCUCACAGAUGUGGUCUGGUAAUUACAGAGGAAAAGCCACACGAGUCAGCACUCCAUAAUGUUCAGAUGGUUUGCUUUGGUAUCUGAUGCUUGCACCGAGCCAUUGUUUUGCUGGAAAAUGAGUCUUGUUUUAAACGGUUUUAAGCUUGAAGUGAUGAUGUACCUCUCUAGAACAGAGCUGCACUUCUCUCUGGUCAACGUGUAGUUAGCUGAAGUUCAACUUUUAAUUGAAGACUUACACAUAGAAUUUUCUCAGAAGCUGCCAUGUGAAUAAGUCUAUACAUAUGGGCUUACCUAUAGCCCACACAUUGUUGUUAGCGUUUCUAUAAACAUUACAUUAUUUUUAUUUAUGUGAAGAAAGAAAAUAAAUCAUUAAAAGGUGCAAUUUAUGAUAUUGGACUCAGACUCUUGGACCACACUGUUAUGGAUAUACUGUGUGUGUGUGUGUAUAUAUAUAUAUAUAUAUAUAUAUAUAUAUAUAUAUAUAUAUAUAUAUAUAUAUGUGUGUAUGUCUGUGUGUGUGUGUAUAUGUAUAGGUUUUAUGUAUAUAUUUUGUAAAUCAUCUACAGCUGUUUUUCAAUAAUUUUUCCUGAUGUUUUACUGCAACUUGGUUUUUUUUACCAAUGACAUUUUGAAAGUUUGAAAAAAUAAAAUAAGUAGCCAUGUUUCAGUGGA